CUCAUUCAUCACCUGCCUUUAAAUCCCAGACGGAGUUACCAUAUUUCCGACAGCACUUUAACGCAGCAUCAGUUAGACGUUAGACGCGUCGCUCCCAACAAACAAACAACCUGAGGAACAAACAACCUGAGGAACAAACAACAGAGGGAUCAGAUAUGAAACGUCCCGGGAAUGUAAUAACAGCGACUUUAACAACUCUGACUCUUCUCUUCUGCCUGUGUUCAGUCAGAGGUGACUACUGUGAGGUGAACGUUUGCCAUAAUGGAGGAACAUGUGUGACGGUGAUAGGAGACGAUCCAUUCAUCUGCAUCUGUUCAGAUGGCUUCGGUGGAGACACCUGCAACGUGACAGAGACAGGACCCUGCAAUCCUAACCCCUGCAAGAACGAUGGGUCGUGCGAGAUCUUCGCUCCAACCAGACGAGGAGACGUUUUCAACGAGUACAUCUGCAAGUGCCAGCCCGGCUUCGAGGGAGCGCACUGCCAGAUCAAUGUGAAUGACUGUGCCGACCAGCCCUGUAAGAAUGGAGGGAAAUGUCGAGACCUCGAUGGAGACUACACCUGCCAGUGCCCCUCACCGUAUGUUGGAAAGCAGUGCCAGCUACGUUGCAUUUCUCUGUUGGGGAUGGAGGGAGGAACAAUCGUGGAGUCACAGAUUUCAUCGUCCUCUGUGCACUUCGGCAUUCUGGGUCUUCAGCGCUGGGGUCCGGACUUGGCUCGACUAAACAACCAAGGCAUCGUCAACGCCUGGACGUCAGCCGCCCACGACAGAAACCCCUGGAUCGAGAUUGAUAUGCAGAAGAAGAUGCGUCUGACGGGCAUCAUUACUCAGGGAGCCAGUCGCAUGGGCACGUCGGAGUACAUCAAGGCCUUCAAGGUGGCGAGCAGCUUUGAUGGACACGCUUACACCACUUACAGAGUGGACGGCCAGCGGAGGGACAAGGUAUUCGUGGGCAACAUAGAUAACGACAGCACAAAGACCAACCUGUUCGACCCUCCUAUCGUGGCCCAGUACAUCCGCAUCGUUCCCGUGAUUUGCCGCAGGGCCUGCACGCUGCGCAUGGAGCUGGUGGGCUGUGAACUUAAUGUUUAUUCAAACACGGCAGGUUGCUCAGAGCCUCUGGGGAUGAAGUCUCGCCUCGUCUCAGACGGGCAGCUUUCAGCCUCCAGCUCUUUCAGUACGUGGGGCAUCGAUACCUUCACCUGGUACCCUCAGUUUGCCCGGCUGGAUAAGCAGGGAAAGACAAACGCCUGGUCUCCUGUACACAACAACCGCUCAGAGUGGAUCCAGCUGGAUCUAGAGAAGACGAAGCGCCUCACAGGCAUCAUCACUCAGGGGGCCAAAGACUUUGGGGUGGUGCAGUUUGUGUCGCUGUUUAAAGUCGCUUAUAGUAACGAUGGAGAGUCAUGGAGUAUGGUGAAGGAGGAGAACACCAGCGAUGAUAAGCUUUUCCCAGGCAACAUUGACAACAACACCCACAAGAAGAAUCUAUUCGAGCCUCCGUUCUACGCCCGGUACGUCCGCGUCGUCCCCUGGGAGUGGCACGAGCGCAUCACUCUACGCAUGGAGCUGCUGGGCUGCGACGACUAGAAACUUCAUCAGUCACUCGUCUGACAGUGCUCCAUCCUCAUCCAGCCGCUCCAUCUCCUCUAACCACAGCAGAGGGACGGAUCAUCUGGAACAGAACCACCUGUUCUGUUUCUCUGGAUAAAGAUCCUGUUGGCUGCUGGGACUGUAACACUUGUAGCACUUUCUAACUUUAAUGUUUAUGUUAAUAACAUUGUUUGCUCAAUUUUAAGAAGUAUAAAUGAUUUGAAUUUUAAUAGCUUUGGAUAAAAACUAAAUUUGCUCUUAAUCUAUAUUUGUUGCUCUUUCUAAGAAUUCAGAUUGGUUUCAGGUUCUCGUAAAUGUGCUCUUCACCUAUUCCAGUUGUACUUCAAGCUAAAUUACCAGUCUAAAACGUUUCCUGUGCAGUCCAACACCAGUUAACAACCUUUUUGUUUUACCAGUUUGCAGAGGACAGAUGACAAACAUCCUCACCGUAUCUCACUACAGCCAACUGCUGUUUAGUUACUGUAGCACAAACUAUAUUUACGCAUGGCCUGUGCAAUAAUAUUCUGGCAUUUCCAACUAUCCUGAAAGAGAUAAUAUGUCCAAGAGAAGAAAUGUAUUACAAUUUGAACUGCAGCACACUGAUCUGUCAAUCAAAUGAUGGACUUACAAACUGUAGGGCUUUUUCACGUGACAUCUGUUUUUUACACAAUGCUUGAAGUGGAAAAAAAGAAGUGCCGGUACUCCCCUCAUUCACAUGUUGGCGUGUGUGUCGGCCGGUAUCAGCAAUCAUUAUUACAUUCUGAAUUUCUACAGUGAAUAAAAGAUAAAAGGCUACAACGAGAUGUUGGAUUUAGGGGUCUUCCCCCAAGAAAAUUUGAAGGUUUUUGACUUAAAAAUAUGCAAUUCUACAUAAUUCUGGACCAUUAUUAUUGUUAUAGGUAACGCCCAAAACGCUUAAAGAGAAAACUUGCUACAGUUCAACAAUCAUUUUAUUAUUUACACAUAUCACAGCCUUCGGCUCAACAUUUAAUUCUUCUGGAAAUGUUUCCCCUGUAAAUCAUUUUUCUGUAAAUCAAAAGAGCAGAUUUAGAAAAGUUUUAAAUAAUAUUUCAUUAAUUAUAUUUAUCCAGAAAUAAAAAAGUUAUAACAAACAGUUCACUAAUUAUUGUACAAAAAAAAGGACGUGAACGUACCGGCCCACUUUGAUUACUGUUUUCACACAUUUUAGCAGCUUCGUUCAUACGAAUAAUUUCAUUGAAAUUUAAUCCUUUUUACAACAAAUGUGAAAUAUGUAGAAAGAUGUGUAGAAAAUAAACAUUGUUUUACAUUCUUUUUUAUUAUUAUUAUUAUUAUUAUACAUUGUUGGUCUUGACCUGAGAUCGUUUAUUAAAUGUUAAAAAAAAAAAA